UUGAUUUCAUUGGAGGAAAAGCUCCCUCCAAGGACAGGGGGCGAUCCAGUCCAGGUUUUAGCAGCCGCACGUUGUGUGGCUCUGAGUGCUGGUGGGUCUCAGUGACGGCCGGACAGCACAGGAAAAAAAACCUUUCAUUUCAAGUGGGGAUUUACAGGGAGAACGCUGUACACAUUGGGCUCAGCACGGUCAGGCGUGCAUCGUUCACAUUGGGAACAGUCCCCAAAUCCUGACAACUCCAUCUCCAGGGGAAUCCUACCGCUAGAAGUCACCGUCUUGGAUCCGGAAUACCCCGCUUUAACAACAGUGAGGCGACCCCACAAGUUCCGGAGCCUCCGGUUGGGCACGGGGCUGGUGUGGUCCUGCACACCCUACUUUAGAUCGACAGAUUGACCUUUACUGAAGCAAUCGGAGACACUGGCUCGGGGAACCAACCUUGGAGAAGGUCAGACUGUGGGUCCCCGGCUGCGUUCUCGGGUGGACCCCGGACUGAAGGAAGCUGAAGCGGUCACUAUGCGGCACUAUGGAGGCUCGGUAGCUCGGAGCAGCAGUGGACAGGGACGGCUCACCCCUUGGUGCGGGGCCCAGCAGCAACAGCAGCAGCAGCAGCUGGCACUGCACGGCCCACAACUGCUGGCCAGCCUGCAGCUUCAGAAACUCACCAGCCAGUACGAGAGCCCGGCUGCAGCGGCGGCGGCUCCUGCUGCAGCUCCCGGGGACAGCCAGGCUCCAACUGCUGCUCCAAGCCCAGGGCAGGCGAGCCCCGCCACACCGGGCAUCAUUGACACGGACCUCAUCGAUGAGGACUCACUCAUGAGCCUGGUGCUGGAGCUGGGCUUGGACCGAGUGGACGAGCUGCCGGAACUCUGGCUGGGACACAACGAGUUUGACUUCAGCUCCGAGGUGACGCCGGUCAGUGGGAGCAGCUUGGUCAGAUGGACUAAUCUGAUAUCUACCGAUUAAAACAGAUGGGAGCUGAGUGGGGCGUGAGAAUCCAGUGUUCAGUCACCUCCUGGAAUAAUAGCGUCUACUCAGAUAGUGGACUGGCUUUUUAUUUUGCAAAGUCUGAUGUCUCUAUCAUCAAGCAAGAGUCAAGGCUUCCACAUUGACGUGGACACACUGCCGCCUACGGGACACUACUGAGAUUCACUUCAUUGAAUUUUCUCAUCAACCUGUUCAGAGAUGUGAUUCCGGUCCAGAGGUAGGGACACUACCACCGCACCACAGGACAGUCUCCAUGACGUUUAUAAUUACACACUUGGAACUUAAUUUGAAGCACAAACCUCGUUUGAUGUGCCUUAAAAAAGUUAACUGUUGUUUUCAACUGAAAACAGUUCAUCUGGGUCAUAGACAUGCUGUUAACAUCACACCAGGAAUCUCCCACUUUUCCUGAUCUUGACGGCAGUUUGGGAUUCUAAACUCUCCAGUAGGACACUCUUUUGAGAAAACAAAAGGGAAAUGCCAGAUGACUCCUUCGACAAGUUGUAGGAGUGGAUAUAUUUCAUUUGCCAGCCUGGGAGACGCAAUGUAACCAGUCCCUGCUCCCUUACAUCAAAUGGCACAUAUUUUUAUUUAACUUGAACUCCUAAUCAGACAUAAACUUGAUGUGGUUCCAUCAAGUUCAGGAAAGCAGGUCAGUACACAGGGACAAAAAGACUGUGCCUGUUUCAGAUUCCACUCAACCAGGUCCCUCACUUUAUCAAUGAGGCAACAACAGCCCAACUACAUGUCAAUUGUUGUAUUCCACUCACUGAAGCUUGUUAUAGAUCUACAGUGACACUGAAGAUUAGAUUGCUUAUCAGUCAUAGAGACAGAGAGAUGUACAGCACUGAAACAGACCCUUUGGUCCAACUUGUCCAUGCUGACCAGAUAUCCUAAC